AUGUGGCAACAGCUAUUCGAUGUGGGAGGCAAUGACGGACAGCGAAGGGGCAUGAGAUCAAUCAUACACAAAAGUGCCCAUUACGACAAGGCACGGCAGAGUUAUAUCUUACCAGCAACUAGUACAGGUCCGUGGAACAAGUAUACCACGGGCGGCAAUCUGUCCCAUUCCGAGUCUUUACACUUGCGCGAUCGACCAUUCAGUCCUUUCCGAGGCUAUUACGAAAAGAAUGAUAUGUAUCCAGGCACGGAAUUUGAUAUCUUUGGAAGCGAGGAAACAGUACUAGCCGUCCCACUUUCACCGGAAUUAGCGCACGAUCCUUUUGCGCUUUGCGGAGAUAUCCUUGAUUCCGAAGGCUCGGUCGAAAUACUUCCUGCCAGCCAACGAAAACGGAGUCAUGACGCAGCCGAUUGGGAAUAUAUGGCACGACUAGCCAAGCGAAAAUGCACAGACUCGGUACCUCCACUGAUGAGCGGCAUAUUUCUGAAACCCACUGCACCAUCGAACACGCCUGCCAAUUUUUUCAUGCCCAAAGCCGAUAUCGAUGAUAGCCUGAACACUCGUCACCUCAUGUAUUGCUAA